UUAAUGUCAGUCAAGGAGAGGCGGUAAAAAAUUCAUGAAAGUGUGUGUAUUUUUACAAAAAUCUCAGCUUUUGUUAACUGUGAACUUAAUUUUUUUAGUUAGAUAAUGUAAUCUGAUCCGAAACCUGCAAAAAUGGAAGAAGACAAAUUAAUAAGAAGGAAGAAGAAGGCUCUGAAUGCGAGUAAUAGACGAGUUCUGGCCGAGGCUUGUAAUGAUUUGGCGACUUAUUAUUACAAACAUAAUCGUUAUAGCGACGCCCUUGACGAGUAUAAGCAUGAGGCUAGUAUUUGCAAAGAGCUGGGGCUUCGUCUGGAGUGGGCGACUUGCAACAGGAUGAUCGGUGAGAUGCACAUGCUUAUGGCGGAAUUUGACAAGGCCCUUAAGUAUGAGGAGCGGCAUUUGGCUAUUGCAAAAGAGCUGAAGAACUUAAUAGAAGAGCAGAGAGCUAUGGCAACGCUUGGCCGGAUAUAUCUUCUGCAGGGACAAAGUACCACAAAUGAAGCAGAAGCCAGAACUUCACUGAAAGCCGCUGAAAAGGCAUUUAUGAAAAGUCUAGUUUUGUGUGAAAGUCUGCAUGGCAAAACUACUAAACACGAGUUGAUGGAUAUGCGAGCCCGUCUGCUGCUUAACAUUGGGGUCGUCCAAGAACACCUUGGCUUCUUCGACAAGGCCAUAGACUGUAUAAGGAAAGCAAUCAGUAUAUGCUCCAACGAAGACUUGUUUGAGGUGCUACACAACUGUUACACCACUGAAGCGUCCCUUCAUAGCAAUAAGAAGAAGGACUAUGCUAAAGCGUUGGGCUGCUUGAAUAAAGCACUGGAAGUAGCUAGCAGACUUGAGGAUAAGGUAUUAAAAACUUGUGAAACAUUGUCUAUAAAAGCAGAUAUACUGUGUAAAAUGUCAGACUAUCAGAGUGCUAAACAAGUUUUGCUGAAGGCUUGGAAGUUAAAGACCCCUGAUGAAGAAGAGCAUGAGAAUAUUGAAUCAAACCUUAAAGUUGUUGCAGCAAUGUGUUAUACAGAAGACCUGCUCAUAUCUAGUGAUCCAUCCGACCACAUUACGUUCAAGAAACUGUAUGAGAAGCUCGGUGACGGUGCGUGCCACUUGAAGAACUAUGCUGGGGCCGUGGAGUAUUACCUGAAGAUGUUGGACCAUGCUGAGCUCGCUGGUGACUGUGGGAAGACGCUUAUCCCUAUUUAUGUUAGUUUAUACCAAACUUACAAAGACAUGGGCUCUUACAACGAAGCACUAGACUACUACGAGAAGGAGUAUGAGCUGAUCAAGGAUGUUCCUAAGGAGGCGUUCACCACACUAUAUAAUAUCGCUGAAGCUCUGUUCCUCGCUAAGAAGCCAUACCACCAGGUCCAGAAAGCUUGCCUUGAUGCCAGGAAUGCUGCCAAGGAAUGGAACAAAAAGAAAUGCGAAAUCAGAGUGCUGAAAAGCUUGCUGAAGUACCAAGAGGAGUAUGGCGAAACUGACAAAAUGGAGGACAUCAGAAACGAACUAAGGGCGCUGGGAUAUGACGACUUCGAUAAUCUAGACAAUUCUGAGGAUGAGCAGAGCUCAGUGGGAGGAGGCGACGAGGAUACCACUCAUAUUGGUGAUGACGUGUGCCUUGAGGAUCUUACAGACUUAUCUGACACUAAUGAUGAGGAUGUAGCUGAAAAGACGAGAGAAACCAGGAGACGUGGGAAAGGAUUCACCAUCAAGAAGAAUAUGAAAGGCGAAACACAACUGCAUGUGGCUUGCAUAUCAGGCAACAAGCUCCUAGUAGAGAGGUUGCUAGCCAAAGGGCAUCCAGUGAACAUCCGAGACAACGCAGGCUGGUUGCCGCUACACGAGGCGUGCAUACACGGCCGCUUGGAAAUCGCCAAUAUACUCAUUGAUAGCGGAGCCAAUAUCAAUGAUAGGGGGGGAUCUAACUGCGAUGGUAUAACACCAUUGUAUGACGCAGCGAGCAAUGGUCAUUUAGACGUAGUUCAAUUAUUAUUGGAAAAAGGCGCAAUACCAUCUCUCAAAACUGACUUCGGCGAGACUCCGCUCAAUGCGUUACAAAAAUGGCGAACUAGCACCAUAUUGACACACGACGAAGAAAUCCUAUACAAAAACAUCUGCAACAAAAUAAAUAAUCUAAUCGAAAAGACUGGUGGAGCAGACUUGAAUAGAUCGAAAUCAAAAACUCCAGUGAAAACUAUAAAAAACGUGUCACCGCCUAGCACUUCGAAAAUGAGCAGUAGAAUCCAGGAGUUAAAUUCGCCGAUGAAAAGGCGGAAUAUUAUCGACGAUGACAGUGAUGACGAAAUCAACGCGUCACAAAAUAGAAAUCAAGCGGCGUUUCCUUCUGACGACACGGAGUCUUCCGACGACCAAUCGGAUAACCGUAAAAAUAAUAUAUCUGGCGUAAAAGAAUACAGAAGCGCCAUAUCGGCUUUAAGGAACAGAAAUGCUAACGAGUUCCCUGAAGUCGACGUGAAAAAGUCCAAACCUAAACCAGCUUUACUGACUCCGAAUGAAGUAGAUGACGACUGGCUUGACGACGAUUUGGGCAUAAAUAAACAAAAUAACAAAAAGAGAAAACUUAGCGACCCAUUAACUGUUGUAGCAAAGAAACCUUCAUUGGAAAACUUGAAGAAUAGCAUAGAAAAUAUAAACAAACUCACUGAACCGUUAGUUGAAAGUAACAAAAAUUUAAAGCAGAAGAAAUCGCGGAUCAGCGACGUCGUAGACAUAAGUGACAAUAGUUCCGAUUCUGACUACUUCCAUAGGAACGAAAAUGUGUGCCCGAAAGUAACUGCUUCAGAAUCUAUGGCGAAUAUAAGUAGAGAGUUGAACGAUUCUAAGUAUAGAGAUAGCAGGGAUGGCAUGAGACGACGUUGGAAGCGGCAAAGUACGUUACUCAAGGCUGGGUUUCAAAGGAAAAGAGACGAUGACGUUUCGAGCAAUAGUGGGAGUGAAAAUGAAUUUUCUAGGAAAGAUGUGAGUCGGCGACAAACGCCUACUGGUUCUUUCUCGCGGCAUUCGUCUUCAGAAAACUUUAAAAAUGCAAACGAUGGUUUUAACGUGGUCCAGAAUAUAAAUCCAAGCAUAAUGCAGCCUGUAAAUGUGAUCCAGCCGAUAAAUAUAGUGCAGUCUUCCAAGAAUGGACGGCCCAUGCAAACGCAGAUACUGCCUCCGGCGGCUGUGAAAGUGCACAUUACGGAUAAGGUGUUGUUGAUCUCGCUGAAGUUGGACGCGAUGAAUAAGUUGACAAUCAGCUGGCUGGUUGAAGAAGUUAAAUCCAGAUAUUACAAGCUAACAGGCAUCCGCCCAGUAUUCAGCCUGAUGACGUCAGACGGCGCCAUCUUGUCGGAAGACGACCCGCUGAGCCUGGUGCUGUCGUCACCGGAGCUCCUUGUCAAGAAGUGCGUCACCAACUGGAAGGCCUCGCCGGCUGAGGAGCGCUACUUGGAGUGCUGCGAUGCGUUGAGCAUACCGCCCUCAGAAGAAAUUCAACAAGCAGUCGGCAGGAGUCACACCACCCACAGACUAGCGCUCGGUGCCAAAACUCUGUCGUUCUCGCAAGUCCGUCCCCUCUUUCGAGCGAUGACGCACCAAGCGCACAUCACUGCGGUCAUGAUAUCAGACAACAACAUCGGCGAUGACGGACUCAAGUACCUCUCAGAUUGUCUAUGCACCAUGAAACAGCUAACCCACCUCGAUAUAAGCAGAAACAACAUCACAGCUGAAGGAACCAAGCACUUGUUAAACAUAUUCGAGAAAGCUACACGGCCUAUAUGCCAAUCAUUGGAAGAAAUCGAUAUUAGUGCAAAUCCUAUAUCCGAUGAAGGGUUCAGAAAUAUAGUGAAAAUAUCACAACACGUUCGGUUAAGGGUGCUUAAGUUAAAUAAUUGUGGAAUAACCGAAAACGCUGUUAAUGAGACUGUAAAAUCUUGUACAAAUUUUAGUAAUUUAGAAACAAUAGAUGUUAGUAAUAAUGAUAUUAAGCAGCCUGUGGUUAGUUACCUGAUGACUUCGUUGAAUCCAAAUGUUGUAACGGAGUUGGAUAUGGAAAAUAUUGGCGUGGAAGGAAACGCAGUUGGGUGCAUAGCAGCUUUUAUGGAUUCGGCAAAGGAGUUGAAAAUAAGGCGGUUUAGUUUGUCGCACUGCAAACUUGUGGAUGGACAGUUUAUGAGGAUAUUCAGAUCACUUGGCCGCGCCAAGCACCUUCAGUCGGUCACAUUGAAACACAACAUGCUAACGUUCAUAUCCCUCAAAAAACUUCUGCAGCGCCAACCGCCAGUCCCCCAGAUAAAUCUCCAGGGUUGUCAGGACAUAUUCAAAUACUCACCAGACUCGGAUUUCACCGUGUGGCUACCCGCUGUCAACUUCGGCAGAUGCACACCAGAAAUUAACGUGACUCCAGUCGCGAAAUCUGACGCGGAGAGAGAAAGCUUUAAAAUAUUCUGUAAGACGUGGCUAAAUAAUUGCUUCAACGGGCGAGGACUGAUAGAACACGGUGAUGCGGGCGUCAUUAGGUUCACGGCGAAGUGACAGCCCUAUGGAUCGUAUUUGUAUUUAUUUUGUAAUUUAAUAACGAAGUCACGUGGUGAAGGUAAACUAAUUAUCAUGAAUGUAUAGAUGUUAUCUUGUUUUAUACUAUGUAUAAAAGUUUAAUGAAAGGUUAACUGAAUGAUGAACCUAGGAUAGCGCGGAAAAUUUGGACUUCGAGCUAACGUUACGUAACGCUCAUAUGCCUAGUGACGUCACUAUCAAUCUCCACCAAUAACUAAGCAUAUAAUUUUGAUAUAUCCGCUCAAUUUGUUGUUUCGCGGUUAGUUCAGUAGUUUGUAUAGACGUAUAGAUUGUAAAUAAUAGUAAAUAUCCAUUUCAUAUUCCAUUAUGAAUUAAAAUCCUGACUCUUGUUUCAAAUCAGAAUCUUUGUAACAUCACUAUAACUCACUCAGCCUGUAUUAUUUGUUCAAAGUAAUUUAUUACGUAAGUUAGUGUUAAGUACGGUUAUUAAACUUUUAUAAGUA